CAUCAAUUCCUUCUCCUAUAUAACACUUGUGUAAUUCUCUUCUCACCACUAUUCUUCAAACACCUUAUCCCUUUCCCUUUUUCGCAAAAUGGGAAAUAUUGCCUUUCACAUUCACAUCUUUCUCUUCACUAUUUCUUAUCUCGUUGUUUUCACUACUUCAAGUCAUCAUCAUCAUCAUCAUCAUCAUCAUCAUCAUCAUCACCAACAUUCACAUGCUCCUGGUGAUUUACAACAGUUGGAAGGCUGUGAUUUCUUCCAAGGGAGUUGGGUUUAUGAUGAGUCUUAUCCUCUUUAUAGCACUUCCACCUGCCCUUUCAUCGACACAGAAUUUGAUUGCCUCAAAAAUGGUCGCCUGGACAAACUCUAUCUCAAAUAUAAAUGGAAGCCUACUUCUUGUUCAUUGCCGAGAUUCAAUGGCCAGGAUUUUUUGAGAAGGUAUAAAGGGAAGAAAAUACUGUUCGUGGGGGACUCUCUCAGCCUGAAUCAAUGGCAGUCACUCACGUGCAUGCUACAUGCCUCAGUGCCCCAGUCAAAAUUCACAAUUAGCAGACAAGAUGAUCUCUCAACCUUCACUUUGCCGGAUUAUGACAUUUCUGUGAAGUUAGACCGUAAUGCAUUUCUAGUCGAUAUAGUGAAAGAAAAGAUAGGGAGAGUUCUGAAGCUUGACUCCAUUAAAAAUGGCGAUGCAUGGAAAGGAUACGACAUGCUCAUCUUCAACACUUGGCACUGGUGGCUCCAUAAAGGAAGCAAACAACCAUGGGACUACAUUGAAGAAGGAAAUAACAUUCAGAAAGAUAUGGAUCGUUUGGUUGCUUUCAGAAAGGGACUCACCACUUGGUCAAAAUGGGUUGAUUCAUCCGUAAAUCCUUCCAUUACCAAAGUUUUCUUUCAGGGCAUUUCUCCUACCCAUUACAAUGGCCAAGAGUGGAAUGAAGGUAAGUCAGCAACCUGCAAGGGCCAAACUCAACCCAUUAAAGGUUCAACAUAUCCGGCAGGUCCACCGCAGGCGGCAGCCAUCGUGAAGGAAGUAUUGAGCAAAAUGUCGACGCCGGUGAGGUUGCUGGACGUAACAACACUCUCCCAAUUAAGAAAAGAUGGACAUCCUUCUGUGUAUGGACUCGAUGGCAAGAAGGGAAAUGACUGUAGCCAUUGGUGUCUUGCUGGUGUUCCUGAUACUUGGAAUGAGAUUUUAUAUGCAAUUCUAGUCACUGAUGCAAGAAAUGAAGCACAAGAAAAUUAAAAUUCUUUUAUCAACUACAAAAUCAAGAAUAGUGAAUUAAACUGUAAGGAAGAUCUGAAAUUAAGAAAUUAGUUCAAUGUAUUUGUAAUUGCAAUAUCGUUAUU